AUGACGUCGGCUGGCGCACAGACACUGGGUACGGGCGCUCGGGGCCACCUAGGCCCAACCCUCUCGGUCCUGCAGCUGGCCCCGUCCGUGCCAUGGGCCAAGACGGCCACAGCGUCGUGCACUUGCCGAAUGCCCCUGGGCAAGACCAUGGGUGUGGCCCAGGAGACGCAAGGCAAGAUGUGGCAGGUUGAUAACCCUGGUACCAUCGUAGUACUACUGCGCAUUAAGUCCUCGACGUAA